AUGGACGAAGAUAUGGCGAUCUGGAAGUCUGGAAGCACUGCGUCGGAGGCAGGCGCGUCAAGAACAUCCCCGCCAUCGACGACGACCUCGCCAACCAUAUCAUCGUCAUCUGUCUUGACUGAGGGCAUUGUUCCCACCGAAUGUCGAUGCCACGUUGGCGACACUACUUUGAAUCUUGAACACUUCUUCUCGAACCCGUCUACUGAAGCGGAGCUCACACAGGUGUUGGAGAAGGUGCGGGAGCGUACAGUGAUGACGGACCAGGAUCUCAUGUCCAAGAUCAAGGUCACAGGACUGAUCGCACUGAGGAAGAACGGCUGGGUCAUGACUGCGUUCGCUCGUCCUCAAUCGAGCUCUUCACCGCUGCCGAACCUCUUUGUGAAUGCCGCGAUCAUCGCGGUCGAGGCCCGCUUCAAAGAAGCCAGCGACCUUGAAGUGUGGGAGCGCUGCGUCGGAGGCAGGCGCGUCAGCCGCCCUGCCUUCAACGCCAAAAACCGCGAGGACUGCAACAACAAGUUGGAUAUUCGACGCUACGAGGGCGCCGAGAAGGACUCUCGUGCCAAGCUGAAGUACACGGUCGACAUCAUCUACGCGAGCGCUAUGGAAGACAAGAAUUGGGUAUACGUCGCAGUCAAGCUGCUGAACUAUCUCUGCCAUCUCAUCCCAGCAACACUUGCCGACCCCAACGUACUCCCCGAUGGACUCCUCAUGAAGACAUGCGUUGGUCGUGCUACCGUCGACAAGGGCGUUGCCUUCGAGAUCUGCGCAGAGAACAGCUGCUUUGGCUCAAUCUCGCAUGAAGCGCAUUGGGUUCAUCUCCGACUUCUACCAUUUGGAAUCGUUCGAUAG